AUGAAGUCAAAAAUCACAUUUCCACGAACACUCAAAGAUUGGUAUUACAAGGGAGACGAGACAUUUGCGGACGACCUGGUCUACGUAAAGCACGUAUGGCUGUUCCUACGGCCAUUUUUUGCUUCACGAGGAUAUGCAAUGUAUCAACAAGACGCAGAAGGUUUUAGCGAUCUAAACCCUCCUCCGUUCCCUCCUGUUGCGAAAACCACGUCGUACCCUUAUGCUCGUCAGGUUCCAUGCAAUCAGGUCAAACAAAGAAUGGCAUGGUCAAUACGAAUGUGGCCUGCUCGUGAUAUACUUGGGAGGGAUGUUGUAAUCAAGGUGAUAUCUGAGGUGGGCAACCCAUCCCCAGAGCUCGAGGUGAUGAAACGCCUGAAUAGCAAAGGUUUGCGGUCUGAUCCAGCGAACCACACAAUCUACGCUAUUGAAUUUAUCACUUUCGACAAGUUCAUUUUCGUUGUAAUGCCCAGAUGGGAUAGUGCCUUUUUGCCCGAUUUUGCCACUGUAUCCGAGACUAUGUCUUUGGCUUUGACGUGUUUCCAGAAUAUAGGUAUGAAUGCAGUGAUGGAUUCUUCGGAGACAAUUGGAAAGACAGGAAUGCGAGAUCCAGCAGAGGUUCGCUAUGCUCUAUUCGAUUUUGGUGCCUCUAUUACUUUUCCUGAAGACACCGACAUUGAGGAAGCAAGUUUGACACGUUAUAACAGCUUCGCGCUGCAUGAUGUACCAGAUGAAUCAGUCAAAUAUCCGUACAAUCCAUUCAAAUUAGACAUGGCCUUUCUAGGCACUAGCCUUCAGACCUACGUCAGACAUCUUGAACCAUUUGUUCCGCAGCUUGGUCCAUUUUUUGACUCAUUGGUUGACAUGAAUAACCCAAAUCAGCUCUCUGCUAGCCAGGCUCUCGCUUGCUUUACAAAGAUAUGUGAUGGUCUGAGCCCCGAUAUUGCCCAGGUACCAUUGGAUACUCGAGUUUGGUCUAAUGGCGUGAUCGAGAAGAAGGACGGGGAAUUAAUUACCGUUGUUGAAUCUUUGUAA